AUGAUCCAUGGAACUAUUAGGAAAAUUGAAACAUUCGCCUCUUUGCCUUUUGUGGUGAACUCGGCCCCUCAGAUGUCAGUUUGCCCCCCUACUGGGGAUACCCAUCCCCCCAUCCAGCACCCUUUAUCUUGUUUGAGUGUAACAGCUGGCCAGGUGAGAGGACAGUUGGAGAGGUUAAAUCAAUCAAAGGUGGCAGGUCCAGAUGGCAUUAGCCCCAGGUUGCUGAAGGUGUGUGCCAGACAGCUGUCCUCUGUUCUCCAACACCUCUACAACCUGAGCCUAAGUCUGGAGAAGGUGCCACUUCUCUGGAAGACUUCUUGUUUGGUUCCGGUACCCAAGAAACCAGUACCAUCGGGCUUUGGGGACUAUUGUCCAAUUGCUCUCACAUCGCAUGUGAUGAAGGUGCUGGAGAGGCUGGUGUUGGUCCAUCUUGAGUCGCAGGAGAUGUGUUGGGGUACCCUUGGAACAGUGCGGCCCUUCUCCAAUUUCCGCCCUGACCGGGAUUUUAUUGAGCUUCAAGCAGCACUGGAGAAAAAAGAUACUGUCAACCUGGUAAGAAUCCUGACCAAUCGGAACAAUGCCCAGAGGCAAGUGAUCGCCAAGACCUUUGAAGACAUAACCCAUAAGGACUUGACAACUAGUGUGAAGAAAGCCACAACUGGAAAUUUGGGAGUUCUACUGCUGGAGCUGCUGAUGCCUCCUCUGGAGUAUGAAGCUCAUCGCCUACAUCAGGCUACGGCACGUUUAGGCACAGAUGAAGAAACACUAAUGGAGAUCCUAUGCACAAGAUCUGGGAGUCAGCUUCAAGAAAUCAGUGCUACAUAUAAACAAUUGUACAAGAAGGACCUGGAGAAGGAACUAAAAGGAGAAACCAGUGGAGACUUUGCUAAACUUGUUGUAGCUUUGCUAAAUAAAGAAAAUGUUGCUGGCGUGGUUCAAAGAGAUAUUGAGUUUCUCUCUGCAUCACUAAAUGGGAGCAAAGCUGAUGCAGGACCGUGGAUUAACAUAUUGACCUCUAGAAGCUCAGACCACCUUAGCAAAGUGUUUAUGGGACUGGAGCUGGAGACCGGACAGACGGUGGAUCAGACUGUGGAGAAACGGUUCACAGGAGACAUUCGGAUGGGUUUAAAAAUUUUAGUGCAGUGCAUUCAAAGCCCUGAUGUCUACCUUGCCAAAAGACUAAGUACCAUGAAGACACCGAUAGUGCAAGGAAUUAUGGUGUCUCACUCUGAGGAAGACCUGUUGUGUAUCCGAGCUGCCUUCCUUAAAUUAACAGGCACUUCUCUCUACACUGAGCUACAGAAACAUUUUAAAGGAGAUUAUCUACAGGUGCUGCUGGCCAUUUGUCGAUCUGAAGAUUAAACAAAACCUACUCAUUUUGAGUAGCUACUCUUUUAUUCAUUUAUUUGCCCCUGAAUCAACCUGGUAGUGUAAAAAUAAACUCUAUAUUCUAUUGCCACUUUUCAUAUUUUAUGUUGUCUCAUUUACCCCCAUGCUUUGCAUAACCUUGUGUUAAAGACAUGCAAUUAAAUGU